AAUCUCAGCUGCCAACAAAAGUACAAAACUAGCACACACCAAACACCCUAGUACCCUACCAUCACCAUCUUCAAACACACACACACCCCACAGUCCUCCAUCUUUCACCAUGUCUUCCAACACUUUCUCUCACUCCCUCUUCUCCCAAAUCACUUCACCAAUCUCCAACCAUCGCCCCAAACCCACAUCUCUCUGCUCAUUCAACCCAUACCCACUUCGACCCAUCUCCAGAUCCCCUGUUUUAUCAACCCAAUCGAAGACCAGUUUCAUCACCAACUGCUCUUCACCUGCAAGUGAUAACAGCUCAAAAGAUGAAACCCCAAUUGAACUCCGGUUUCCUGCUUUUCCAACUGUGAUUGAUAUUAAUCAGAUUCGUGAGAUUUUGCCACACAGGUUUCCGUUUUUGUUGGUGGAUAGGGUGAUUGAGUAUAAUCCAGGAGUUUCAGCAGUUGCAAUCAAGAAUGUGACUAUUAAUGAUAAUUUUUUUCCUGGUCAUUUUCCUGAGAGACCAAUAAUGCCUGGUGUGCUCAUGGUUGAGGCAAUGGCACAAGUUGGUGGUCUGGUAAUGCUGCAGCCGGAAGUGGGUGGGUCACGUGACAAUUUCUUCUUCGCCGGAAUUGACAAGGUGAGGUUUAGAAAGCCGGUGAUCGCCGGAGACACUUUGGUGAUGAGAAUGACAUUAAUUAAACUUCAAAAACGCUUCGGAAUUGCAAAAAUGGAGGGAAAAGCGUAUGUUGGAGGUGAGGUUGUGUGUGAAGGUGAAUUCUUGAUGGCUAUGGGUAAUAGUGAGUGAUAUUGCGGCCAGCAUUCAUUGUUCACUAGCUUAAAUCUUGCAUCUUUUUCUGGUUUCUUUGCUUUUAUGAGUUUUAGAUUAAUUGUAUCCUCCAAACAGGACCAUUUUGACUUCCUUUUGAUGAGAUUGUUUCUUUUUGUGUGUUGGUUUUCA